AUGGCAUCUCACUACGCCCAUCCCAAUCUCUCCCCUCCGAAGUCAGGCCUACAAACUGUCCCCGAAGCCUCAGCUUCACUCCUAGACAAUGACUUCUCAGUCCCAAGGAGCAGUAAGGAAAUCACAGUCAAGCCUGCGGAAUUAGGAAAUUCAAUGCUUCGAGGUUAUGCAUCACAUCUAGAUCCGCUGCAAAACAAUGGAGAAAUCUACCAAGAUCACCAUGCAGACCACUUCUCGUCGCUUUCUAUCCAAUCCGCAGGCCGAACAGUCACUGUGAAGGAGACCGCCGUUGCCUCGUCAUCAACAGCUCCAGCGUCGAAUCCAAUCCGCCCACCCAAAUCCUUCUUCAAUCAUCGCAAGACUACACGCUCUGCAGAGAUACCUAGACAGACAAUCAUGAAAGCUCUAGCAUCUCGUCCACCAGGGUCAGCCAAUACAAGCCUGCCACUUGCUGCGUCCCUGACAGGUCUUCUUACAAGCCCGGAUCAUGAAAAAGACCAGAAGCUAAGCAAUCUUUCCUCUCAACGGCUCUCUACUGCGCUUGCAAACCUGCAGUCCACCGCAUUUGCCGAAAGAUCUCCACCUUCGACCCGUCUCCCCUUACAGUCGCCCUGCUUUUUCCACCAACGCUUCGACGAUGCUGUCAAUAUUGACAAGGUUUUGGAGGACGUCGCGGACGACGAGUGGCUGUCUCAUUCCAGGUUGAUGCAUACCGCAACCGGAGUUAGGGAAGUGUCGAAACAAUUACAGCGUCGGCCAAUCAGACGAGCAGUGCGGAAUAUCAUGAUUGUCACCAGAGCUAGGGACAACAAACUGGUAUAUCUGACACGAGAACUGGCGCAGUGGUUACUGGCUACCCCAAGAUAUGGUCGGGAUGUUGGAAUCAAUGUCUACGUCGAUGCCAAAUUGCGUACUUCGAAGCGAUUUGACGCGCCUGGCCUGUUAGAAAAAGACUCCCGAUUCCAAGACAUGCUCAAAUACUGGACCCCCGACCUCUGCUGGACGUCACCCGAGAAGUUCGACCUCGUUCUAACCCUUGGCGGCGACGGUACCGUGCUCUUCACAUCCUGGCUCUUCCAACGGGUCGUCCCACCCAUCCUCUCCUUCGCCCUCGGCAGCCUCGGCUUCCUCACCAACUUCGAAUUCGACAAAUACAAAGACCAUCUCGACCGAAUCAUGGGCGAUGGCGGCAUGCGCGUCAAUCUCCGCAUGCGCUUUACCUGCACGGUAUGGCGCGUUGACCGCAGCCCAGGAGCCGAACGCGGCGCAGUGGAGGAGGGCGAGCAGUUUGAAGUCCUCAACGAGCUGGUCAUCGAUCGCGGUCCUUCACCUUAUGUUUCCAAUCUCGAGCUGUACGGUGACAACGAGUUGUUGACUGUCGUGCAGGCGGAUGGCUGCAUUUUCUCCACGCCCACAGGAUCGACAGCCUAUUCGCUCUCCGCAGGCGGGUCGCUAAUCCACCCUUCUAUCCCCGCUAUACUCCUCACACCCAUAUGUCCGCACACACUUUCCUUCAGGCCCAUGGUUCUGUCCGACACCUUGGCUCUCAAGAUCGCCGUACCUGCUGCCUCGAGAUCAACGGCGUACUGCUCCUUCGAUGGGAAGGGGCGAAUCGAGUUGAAACAAGGGGAUUACGUGACGUUGGAGGCGAGUCAGUACCCGUUCCCGACUGUGAUGAGGGGAGGGAAUGAGUGGGUGGAGAGUGUGCAGAGGGCUUUGAGAUGGAAUGUUAGGGGCGCGGUGCAGAAGGGCUGGGGAAGUAGUGCUGCUGGAGAAGAUGUAGACGGUGAGGAGGGAGGAGAAGGCGAAGAUGAGAAGUGGGAUAUAGAUACAGACCCUGGACCUAGUGGGGGGCUGGGGACGGAUAGUGGGAUUGGACAGAGUGAGGAUGGAGUUUCAAACACAGGGGAUGGGAAAGGGACGGGGAGUGGGAGUCCGAUGAGGAGGCAGAUGAGCCUGCUGAAUAUGUGA